AUGGCCGCAGCUGAUGGUGCCAAUGGCACCCCCCACUCCAAAUCCUCCCUUCCAGCUGUCUAUAUUGUUGCUGCUGCGAGAACUCCAGUCGGGAGUUUCCUGGGUUCUCUUUCUUCGUUGACUGCACCUCAACUCGGCGCACAUGCCAUCAAAUCCGCUCUCGAGAGAGUCCCAGAGAUCAAACCCCAAGAUGUUGAAGAAGUCUUCUUCGGCAACGUUCUCUCCGCAAAUGUUGGUCAAAACCCUGCCCGCCAAUGCGCCCUGGGUGCAGGUUUGGAACCCUCGACGGUCUGCACGACCAUUAACAAAGUCUGCGCAUCCGGCCUCAAGUCCAUUAUACUCGGUGCGCAAACCAUCAUGACUGGCAAUGCAGACAUUGUUGUAGCUGGUGGCGCAGAAUCGAUGUCCAACGUCCCUCAUUACCUCCCCACUCUACGGACGGGAGCAAAAUUCGGGAAUCAGUCACUCGUUGACGGUGUACUAAAAGAUGGUCUCACAGAUGCCUACGGAAAGCAAGAACAUAUGGGUCUUCAGGGUGAAGAGUGUGCGCAAGACCACGGCUUCAAUCGUGAGCAACAGGAUGAGUACGCGAUUCGAUCAUACCAAAGAGCGCAGGCGGCUGCGAGUGAAGGUCUUUUUGACUUUGAAAUUGCACCUGUACAGCUACCUGGUGUCCGUGGAAAGCCCGGUGUCACAGUGGACAAGGACGAUGAGCCGAAGAAUCUCAACGUUGAUAAGCUGCGGUCCAUCAAACCUGCUUUCAUCCCCAAUGGCGGCACUGUAACUGCACCCAAUGCAUCACCCCUGAAUGAUGGAGCAGCUGCCGUUGUUCUGGUAUCAGAAGCCAAAUUACAAGAGCUGAACAUUAAACCCCUCGCCAAAGUUUUAGGUUGGGGCGAUGCAGCACAUCAGCCUAGCAAAUUCACGACCGCUCCCGCAUUGGCCAUUCCCAAGGCUUUGAAGCAUGCUGGUGUGAGCCAAGACGACGUUGACGCCUUUGAAAUCAACGAGGCUUUCAGUGUUGUUGCCCUUGCUAAUAUGAAAUUGCUUGGGCUGGCCCCCGACAAGGUCAACCUUCAUGGUGGAGCAGUUGCCAUUGGCCAUCCUCUGGGAGCGAGUGGUGCACGUAUUGUCACAACAUUGCUCGGCGUGCUGAAGGCAAAGAAAGGGAAGAUUGGAGCCGUUGGAAUCUGCAAUGGUGGUGGUGGUGCCAGCGCGCUUGUUCUCGAGUCUUUGCUUUGA